AAGGGUGACUCGGUCAGGUCUCGGGGACGGUCUGUACAAGCGCACGUGCUCACAGAUGGUUCAAAAUUUUGUGUGAAGGCCUUAAUAGUGAGCUCCCGAACGCACCCUCUCCCGCCGAGCGCGCGCAUGCGCGCGACCGACCCAACCCUCCUGCCUCCGGUACCCGCCGCCGGUUCAACACACCGACGUUAUGACCGCGUACGUGUGUACGCGUGUGUGACGUCUUACUGGACGCGGCCGGACGUUGCAACGCUGAGCUUCCCGAGCGUAAAUUCUCUCGAUCCCGGAUCGAACAAGGUAGCGGCCGCCGCGGCAAAAAACAUGGCAGAGAACGAGAAGGAGAGAGAGAAAACCGCGAUCGUGUUGCUCGUCGACGGAUCGGAGGAAAUGGAGGCCGUGAUCGUUGUCGACGUCUUGCGGCGCGCCGGGAUCGCAGUCACCGUAGCCGGCGUGUGGGACGCCACUUGCGUCAAGUGCAGCCGUAACGUGAAAAUCUGCACAGACGCCGUGUUCACCGACGCUACUCAGGACAAAAGCUAUGACAUUGUUAUACUGCCCGGCGGUCUCAACGGGUCCAAGGCGUUCACGUCCUCGGUGGAGGUUGGAAAGUUGUUGCAAAAGCAGGACAGGGAGAACAAAUUAAUAGCGGCCAUCUGCGCAGCCCCCACAGCUCUGAAAACGCACAACAUCGGCAAGGGAAAGCGCAUCACCUCCUACCCGUCGAUGAAAAAGGAGCUGUGCGACGACUACGAGUACUGCGAGGACAAAGUAGUGGUCGAUGGCAAUCUCAUAACGAGCCGAGGACCAGCGACGGCUAUUGACUUUAGCCUGACCAUCGUUAAGGAAUUGCUGAACGAGGAGAAAGCCAAGUGUGUCGCGAACGGGUUGCUAUACGAGGGCUACAAAUAAGAUCCUCCGAAUUUCGCUUCGUAGCCCGCGGCUACGAGGCUCCCGGUGCAUAAAUUCGAUGUAUUUGGUGUGUUUGAUUUUAGGAUGAUUCAUAUACUCUCUGAACGCACAUUUACGAAAAAAAAAAAACCAAAUGUAGUUAACGAACAAAACAAAUUAUAAUAUAUGUACUGAAGCGUGGAAUUGAAAUCGUAUAUGUACCAAAGAGUGAAAACUAAGAUAAUAUAUGUACUGAAGGGUGGAAAAAUAAAUUACAAGUACCGUACGUACCGACGCGUGAGCGAUCACACGGAGCUCGAUGCGCGAAAGGUCAGGGAUAAAUUACAACGAUAUACGCGUAUCGAGGCGCAUAAACGAGAGGUACCAGUCUAAUUAUACUCGAGAAAGAUUCGGAUGUGUCUUAAUGGAAGCGAUACACGUAAUAAAGAACCGUGUUAUUUUCUUCAA